AUGCCUUCAAAGCAACUCAGUAGAAAAGAGCGAAGGAUGCUCUACACCUCACUGGCUGGAGAGCUGGUGAUCAUGGCCGGGACCGUCAUGCUGGCCUACUACUUCGAGUACACCGACACCUUCAGCGUGCAUGUGCAGGGCUUCUUCUGCUACGACACCACCUACACCAAACCCUACCUGGGACCGGAAGACAGCAGCGCCGUCCCGCCCGUGCUCCUCUACGCUGUGGUGGCCGGACUGCCCACGCUGCUGAUCACAAUAACAGAGACAGUGCUGUUCCUGGUCCAGUACACAUCCAAAGAGUUUGAUCGCUCAGAGAAGACUGUAGCCACAGGGGACUGCUGUUACCUCAACCCACUAGUGCGCAGGACCUUCCGCUUCCUUGGAGUCUACACCUUUGGCCUCUUCACCGUUGACAUCUUUGUCAAUGCAGGCCAGGUAGUGACGGGCAACCUCGCCCCCUACUUCCUGACGAUUUGUAAGCCAAACUACACAGCACUGGGCUGCCAGCAGGCUCUGCGCUACAUCAGCCACCAGGAGGCCUGCACAGGAAACCAGGACGACAUCCUACGAGCCCGUAAAACCUUCCCAUCCAAGGAGGCCGCGCUCAGUGUGUACGCUGCACUCUACCUGGCUAUGUACGUGACCUGUACAGUGCAGGCGAAGGGCACUCGCCUGGCCAAACCGGUGCUGUCUCUCGGGCUCAUGUGUCUGGCUUUCCUCACCGGGCUGAACCGCGUGGCUGAAUACCGCAACCACUGGUCGGACGUCAUCGCUGGCUUUAUCAUCGGCACAGCCAUUGCCACAUUCCUGGUGGUGUGUGUGGUCCAUAACUUCAAAGGCAAGCUACUGCUGAGUGAGGAGUCCCCCAUGGAGCAGCGGCCCAACACAGCUAUGCUGAGCAUGGGCCGGGUGGAGAGUCCUCUGGAGAAGUACAUUGCUUCGCAGAAUCACAUCGCCUUCGCUGAGGUCACAUGA